GGUUCCUUGUGCAGAAUCGGCCGCUUCCGCCCGGCGAGUUUUGCCGGGAGCACCGAGGGGCGGGCCAUACAGCAGGUUAAAAUGGAGCUGGUGGAGGUCCUGAGGCGCGGGCUGCAGCAGGUCACCGGCCACGGCGGACUGCGGGGCUUACUGAGGAUUUUCUUCAGGGCAAAUGACAUACGGGUUGGUACUUUGGUGGGAGAAGACAAAUAUGGAAACAAAUACUACGAGGACAACAAGCAGUUUUUUGGCCGCCACCGAUGGGUCAUCUACACCACUGAAAUGCAUGGCAAAAACACGUUCUGGGACAUGGAUGGAAGCAUGGUGCCUCCCGAGUGGCACCGUUGGCUCCACUGCAUGACCGAUGACCCUCCAACGAAAAUACCGCCGACGGCCCGUAAAUUCAUCUGGGCAAACCACAAGUUCAACGUGACUGGCACUCCAGAGCAAUAUGUUCCUUACUCCACCACGAGAAAGAAGAUCCAAGAAUGGGUCCCACCUUCGACACCGUACAAGUGACUGCAGUGAAGAUGAGUUCCGGUGUGUACGGGAUGGUACAGGGUUGUUCUUGGAUUCACAGUUGUUCAGCUGACCAUGAACUUGAUUAAAGCUGCCUGACCAAGCAAU